UUGCAGUACUCUUGUAUGCAUCCUGCUCAUAUGCUGCCACUAUAAUUGCCUUCCGUGGACAAACUGCCCGACUUCCCUGUAAUGCUUUCCUUCACAUGCAAGCCAGAGUUGACCCCAACACAGUCAUAGUAUCAUGGACAGAGAUGGAAUUACCUUUUGACCUUGUGAACUCCUCCCACAUACUAAAUGGUCGCUAUCUCCUGGAUAUCACCGACUACAGCCUGUUAGUGGAAAACGUCAGCCCGUACACAGACAACCGCACAUUCCGCUGCCUUGCACGAGGUACUGCCAACCCAGCAUCCCUCACUACCACCACUGCUGGUCUUACAGUUGGGAUCACACAAGCCACUCUAACCACCAAAGCAGAUCCUCUUGAUGAGAGGAACGACACCACUACAACUGAUAUUUACAAUGAAACCAUGACAACCAAUGAGCCUCCUCCUCCACCACGAAUGCUUCUUCAGAUUGAGAUGGAACUAACUAACACCUCUGAUGUAAUGCUGUUUGUUUCAGAACCUAUCCCACCAGGUGAGCCUAAAGCCUUGAAGAUAGACAGCACAUCCCUGGUAUUAAAAUGGUUGCCUAGCGAUGGUCCUGUAUCCAACUACACUGUCUAUCUCAGGAAAGGAAACUACACAUCUACCUGGGAUCUGGCAGUCAACCAGCCACCAGGAGCAUAUUCUGAAUACACGGUCUACGGACUCAUGCCUUAUGAAUACUACCAGUUUCAAGUGAGGGCUCACUUUUCUACUGGGUACUUCAAAGACAGUCCCGUCUCUAGACUCAUCCGUACAGCACAAGGGAAACCAUCCCUGCCACCUAGUAAUGUGACUGUAUCAACUAGGGGACCUACUACCAUUGCUGUCUCCUGGCUACCACCCCCUCCAAGCAGUCUCAAUGGUGUCCUUCAGAACUACAAGCUCAUGAUAUCACCUGGAAGUCAGAUCAUCAAACUUGGCCCUUCCACCUUGAGCACAGUGAUAACAAACAGGAGACCCUACACACAGUAUGUUGUGACUAUUGCUGUUGUGAAUAGUGCCAAUGAAAGCAGUCCAUUCAGUCCUACAGUCAAUACUACAACAGAUGAAUCAGUUCCAGGAGCACCCCAUGGUGUUAUUCAGGUGGGUAAGAAUCCUAGGAGUCUUCAAGUCUUCUGGAACAAACCAAAUCUUCAGAAUGGCAAGAUCCUCUUCUACUAUGCCUACAUCAAGAGAAAAGAUUCAGUUUUCUGGAGUCGGUUCAAUACAAACAAACAGCAUCAUCUUUUCACCGGGCUAGAGAUCUUCACUGAUUACAUCAUAAGGGUAUCUGCCUCCACCAUUGCAGGAGAAGGACCAAAUAGUACUGCUCUCCAUGAGAAGACAGAUGUAACAGGUAAGGUUUGUGUAGAAAGUACCAGGUGUGAUGCUUAGUUAACUACUCUAAUUGGCCUGUUGUCACAAAGGUAUACCUAGUGAAAAUCUUUUUUUUUAGGUUGAGUUUAAAAAAUGCUGAUACUUCCAACAUCUACUUGGAGAUGCUUCACACAGGCUUACCAGAAACACCUUUGUGAAUUGCUAGGAGGAAGUUGUUGUUGAAUAUGAUGGCGCUCUUCAAUCUCUCCAGAUUAUACGCGCCAGUCGCUUUCGUAAGUAGGACGUCGUCGGCAAAGGAAAGUGAUCCAUACGACGUCAAACCAUUGGUGACGAUUAUAUGACAUAUUAAUAUAGAUUAGUCACCCAUCCACCUAUUGUAUUAGUAGGUCCUACAAAUUACACAUCUUCGUGGAAUAACACUUUAAUACAAAUAGACAAAUUAAAUAUGGCGCAUGCUAAAUGAUUGUUCAUGGAAAGGGCACACCAGCUAACCUAACGGCUACUACAUGUAGUUACUGCAUUUAUAUAGAAUUUCCUAAAAUCUUCGUCAAAUAACAAUUCAAAUAUGAAAUUAUAUAAUUGUAAAUAACGCAUGUGAUAAAUAAUUGUACAUUGUAAGGACAAAAUUGGAUGGUGUACUGUUUUUAUUAGUAACUUCUAUGUAUAUAUUUUUUAUUAAUAUCUUUCUAAAUCUAUUCCCCCUCUUUUCUAAUAUUUCUCGUCCUUCUUAUUCUUUUGUUUUGUAUUUUUCUUUGUUUCUUAUUAAUAAGAAUUUUAAAUCCUUCUUUCAUGUCAUGUGUUUGAAAAAAAAAAAACCACCCCUAACUGUCAAAAACGGUUAGUGGCAUAUAUAAAAGCCCCCUCACACCUGACCGAAUGUAGGCGGACGAAGGGUGACGAAUUGGAAAAAUGCAUGAAAUGCACGCAAAUUCAACGAAUUCAAAUAUAAUUUCCUUCAGAUCAUGCGAUCAGUAACUAUUGUCAAAUUUUAUCAACGAACGAUAAGCGAAGGAUAAACAUGACAUGCGAAGGAUAUCGAUUUUUCGGUUCACCUCUUUGAGUAAAUUGCAGCCGAAGGCAAGCAAAGGGUUGAUUAACCCAAUAAGACGAACGAACAGCAGUAAACAGUGAGCAAUGGUUUGAUAUGGCGUGCGAUUAGAAACGAAGACGAGGGAAUAGAUCGGGCAUAAUUGUACGUUUGUGUCAUCGUGUUGCUUCGUCAUGUUCAUUAAGGGUUCUUUCGAGAUCGUUCCACUUUUGCAAAAGCGCGAUGAGGGACUAUGCGCGACAAUUACACACGAACUACAAACGAACGAUUAUCGCAGACUGAAAAAGAGAUGUGAAUUCAAACAGAUGACCAACGAUUUUUCAAUUCGUUGGGAAAUUUUAAACAUGUUCGAAAUUUCCGCGCGAAUUUGAAUAAUCGCAGCUGUUAGUUCAGAAGAUGUACGAACCCAAACACGAAGGUUGAAUAUGAUUUACUAUCAGUUACCAUUGAACACGAUUUUGGAAAAAAUCCCUUUCGCCAGCCAUCGCAAGGCAUAUUACAUGCAAUUCGGUUAGGUGUGAGGGAGCCUUAAAAGUUAGUAGUUCCCGUGUAUAAUCGGGAUUAAUUAACAAUUGUUUAAGAUUCGGGUCAUUCAUCAAGUUUAUUAAACAUAAUGCGUUUAUCUUUUUCAUAUUUUGAACAAAAUAAAACAUAAUGUUCAAUAGUCUCAAAUACUUUGCACACCUCACAGAGGCCUGAAGAAUUUUAUUUCAUAUUCGUUGACAUAGAGGGCGCUUGUUCACUUGAAUUGAAUUAUUUUAUGUAGUCCUGUCUGUGUACACAAGUAAUGGAAAUUGAGCUUUUAUGAUACUUGAUGCUUUAUUUAGCCCAAUUCUUUUAUAGAAUUCUACUGAAUACUGAUUUUUUUUUUAAUUGGAUUUUCUCAUUUUAGAUACAGAGCUGUUAAGUAGCUUUGGUUGCUCAGAGUAUGAAGUAUGUGUUUUGUAGAUUUUAAAUAAACGACCUUGCUGUAAACUUAAUUUUUACUAGGCAUUAUUCUUUUGAACAGAGUUUGAGGUGUCGAAUAACAUAUCUAUUGAAUGUAGAUUUACUUUUUCUUGCAUAUGGCCCACAAAUUUUUUUUGUUGACUAAAAAAAUGUUACAUAUAUGCACUGACUACCUAGUGAAAGCGAUGUCUUUCAGAAUGAUGAAAUAAGUUGCAUAGAAAAAAAAAAAAAACAUGACCCUUAUUAUAUUUGCAUAAUUUACCUUUUGCUUCCUCAUGAACCAAAGUAUUACUCUUUGCAGAAUGUGGUGAAAAUGAGAAGGUCUUCAUUUGGACUGUGGAACGUUAUUUACACCCAAAUGAUAUUUCGAUGAAACAUAAAAACAAAGGAGUUUUACUCACAAAGGCUGCCUAAGUGGUAUCUUUCUUAGCGGUUUAGACCACUUCUCAACACAUCAAAUGAAGUUGACUCACAUCUAUAAACCAUCUUCCAUAUGAUUUUAUUAUUUUGUUUUAUAUCAGACCUGAUUGAUGGGUGAUUAAACAAAAAUCCAGCUAAAUGGAAUACUUCCUUUGGUUACAUUGAAUAGAAAAGGAUCAUUCAUCGCAAAGGAUUUAAUAGUAAUUCUAGGUGAGAGUAAGGAAGCCCAGAUGACUAAUUUAGGAGAGCAAACAAAAACCUCUCUUCUGUUAGCCGAAUGUGGUCCUUGGCCAUCUUUGCUUGUUAUUGAAAGAUUAAGUUCCUUCCUACCCUUUGUUAAACAAGAGUAGAUGCACCUCUUAAAAGAUUUUAGAUGUAUCAUGUUUGUAUGGAAGUGUACUUGUAAUACUAUGGCCUCCUUUUUUAUUUCAGAAUAUCUUGGUAAGAUUAGUGUUGAGUCAUCUGCAAUGUACAUGUUCAUGAAGGCAUCCUAACAGGAGAAAAAUAUAGCCCUAAAUGAUUGUGACAAACUAGUGUAUACAGACAUUACUUGUAUAUAGGACAGGACAUUGAUUAAGAAGAUGUGUUUGUUAUUUUUUUGUUAGUUUAGUCUAUUUUGCUUUUUAUUGUGGGGGGGGGGGGUAAUUUUGACACAUACAUAGCUUAACAGGUAUGUUAGAGCUGUAAUAAAGGACUCUACCAAGACUACAGUAACUGUAUUUUUAGAACGCUUGACUCAGGAGGCCGUUACUAAUUCCAAGCAUGUAUGAAUCAAUGAUGUCCUUGCUGAGGUGUCAGUGAAAUCCUUCAAGAGUUAUAUAAAUGCAUGCUCCCCAUUUAGUAUACAAAAUAUGGGGGUUUGCAUCAAGGGAUAGAUAGUGGGGUCCAUAUUGUUUGAAUAUAGAACAGGUUACCUCCUAUGAAGGUCAACCAUUAAACCAGCAUUGAUGAAUAAGCAUAACUGAAACACAGGUGCAUGUGUGAAAACAUUAAGAAAAAAAAAUCUAGUUAAAAGUAUUUCUAUCAUAAAUUUGUUAUUAAAAAAAUUCUGCUACUGAAGUUGUUCAUCUCCUAGAUUG